CUAAGAUAACGUUACCUGUCAAUAAUCUUGUAUCAAAAUCCUGACAAGCUAUCACAGUGUACAUUGAAUUGCUGUUUUCAACAGUGUGAACUGAACUUGUUUCUACAAUAACAAAUAGUUAUAAAUUAUUGCACAAAAAGAAAUUAUUAAAAUAAAAACCAAACAUUAUGAGUGACGAUCUCGACUUUUUGUUCAAACCAAUAGUCUUGAUAACCGGGUUUGGCCCUUACUUAAACCACCCGGUGAAUGCUAGCUGGGAAGCUGUGAAAAUAAUGAACAAAGAAGCAAUUGAAAAGAAACAUAAUGUAGAGUUUGUUCAGAUAGAGUUGCCCGUAACUUACGAGAACGUAGACGAAUUCGUACCUGCGCUCUGGGAAACACAUACACCGAAGCUGAUGAUACACGUGGGAGUAUCAAGCAUUGGUCAGUGCUUGCAGCUAGAAUCGCAAGCACAUAGAAAAGGCUACAAGAAAAAGGACUAUUUAGACAAACUACCAGCAAAUUGGUCAUGUUUAGCUGAUGGAGCAAUCAGAUUACAAACCAAACUGGAUGUGGAGCGAAUUUGCAAGGAAUUCAAUGGUGACAAUCCACCGGAUGAGCGGUACAGAGCUGAAGUAUCCCUGGAUGCUGGACGGUACCUAUGCGAAUAUAUUUACUACACGUCGCUAAGUAUAGACAGCAGCCGCACUCUCUUCGUGCACGUGCCAGUCAUGGAUAUCUACUCGCCAGAGGAAACCGCCAGUGGACUUGAACGUAUUCUGGACCUUUGUCUCGCUCAAAUCAACGAGAGAGGAGAUUCCACAGACAAGGUGACCGAACAAUUGAAGAACACAAAAUUUGUCGAUAGUAAUGAUAUCUAAUGUAACUAGAUAACCAUCUACAUCCUAUCAACAUUUACUUGUACUAACUUAUAUUGCAAUAUCAAUUUAUUUGUAUCUUACAUAGUAGGUAGGUAGAUUGAAUCUACAUAUCUAACCAUAUCGUGUAAGACACUAGGAUUUAUUUUAAUUUUAAGUGAAAAAUAGAUUUAUAAUAAAUUUGUAAAUGUACAGUAUUAUUUUACUUCAAUUUCUUGUAAAAUAUACCUACCUAGGCUUAUUAUAAUGUAUAAUAUUUAGAUUGAAUAUAAGUGCCUAAUGUUAUAUUUGAUUAUACAUAAGUAAAUUACCGAACUAUAAAAAUACUACCUACAUGACGAACAAUGCGUAAGGGAACAAAACAUCGUAUAUAAGCGUAUUUACACUUGUGCAUUCCUCGUUGAACUAAAUAAAUCGCCUAAUAUGCCUAUAGUAGGUACUUACGUACUAAUUGAUAAUAAUAGUAGUAUUUUUUUAACUGUUAUUAAUUUAAUUAAAUAUUCCACGUUACAAUGAAGUGUUUUAUUUUGGUUCACAUGUAC